AUGUCCCCGAAGAAGACGCCGGCUACGAAGGGGUGGGUGAAGCUGUGCAAGGUGCCAUUGAACGAACAUAGCUCAAACAACGUCAUCGACGCGGCCAUGGACGCGAAGUUCAUGGCUGAUGCGGAGCAGAAUCCAGAGGAGGAACGGGCGGCCCACGCGGCAUUCGACGUGGAGCAGCAAGCCGCAAGGAGAUUAGCGCCCAGCGAAACCGAAGCUGAGCUGCCGCGCCCCGGUCCACGGCGUGGCACACCACGGUGCAGCGCCGAGCUCGAGGGCGUGACACCAGCGUACAUGGGACCCGCUUGUCCACGCUGGCGGCAGGUGCAGCGCCGCGAUCUAUGGCGUGACACAGUGGGCUGUGGCGCCCUGGAUACAGGCGCGGCAAAAACAGUUAGUCAGCGGCUGGCAACAACGGAGAGGAAACAACGGACCCACCGACCGCUGUCCUCACUCCUCUCUCUCAGGUCUCAGCUCACUCCCUCACAGCCCAUCCUUUCCACCUCGAUUCCGGCGAGCCCUGGUUGCCGCCCGCUACCGGCACCACCUUCGGAUGGGGGCGCUCCCCUGCCCACUCGUUCUCAUGCUCUGAGCGACCCACUUUCCUGCCUUGGGUCCUCGAAUCACCACCGCUGCAGCCAUGGGGAUGUCGCGCCUCCGAGCCUUCCCGGUGGACGACGACGUGGACUCCCGCUUGGACCAGUGGCCGUCCACAGAGCAGAUCCACCUCUGGAUGGAGUUGAUGUGGAUCCGGCGGCAGUUCUCCCGCCAAAGCAGCGGCAUGGUGGGCCAAUCCAGGAGAUGCAAGAUCAGCAGGUCUUGGUGUCUUAUCAGCAGGCGCUGAACGCUUUCCAGCAUGAGCUGCCCAUCCAACUUGGCCGAGCUGCAGUCGACGGAGCAGAUCAACCUGUUGAUGAGUAUCCGGUGCCAGCUCUCGCACCCCAGCAGCAGGCAGGUCAGCCUGUUUUGCCCUGUUGCUGUGUCAAUUUUACAUUGUGUUUAGUUUCAUGUUGCUCGGAAUAUGCUUUUAGUGAGAUCUUCAAUAGGAAUUUUUUAGUAAACAUGCAGGCCAGAUAUUUCUUUCAGCAUCUGAUUUGUGGUUUCAAAGGUUAAUUUAGAUUGUACUGAAUAUUGGGAGUGACGAUUCAGUCAAUUGGACAUGAUUAAAUUGA